CAGAAAAUCCAUUGGUGUAGUCAUGUGGAAGAAGAGUUCUCCGUAACUAUUCUACAUUUUCAACUGAAUUGCAUCAGAUUUGAUCGUGGUACUAAUACUUUUAUUAUAAUUCAAAAGUAGUUGUUUAAUCUAUUUAAGGGAAAAGAAGCUUUUGCAUCAUUGUUUGAUGUUCUGAAGAGGGGGGAACCAGUAGGAAGUUUUAUCGCUCUAAUUUCUCAGGGUUAAAGUUGAUGCAAGAAAUUGAAAAUGAAAACAGAUCGAUGUGAAUUGGCCAUAUUACCAGUCAAAUUUAGAAAAAAUCCGGAAGUAAUUGUGGAUCAACAUUGACGUCUAUUGAAACCUGUAGAAUGACAUUUACUCAUCAGUACUUCAUUUAUCUUCAAACAACUGAUCACUAGAACUGAAAUAUGACUGAAGUAGAAAAAGAGCCAGAGCCAAAUAAUGAGAUGAAAUUGGUGGAAAGUUUUUCUCUUUUACCUCUUGCUUUACUGGAAUAUAGGUCUAACUAUACUGAAAUUGAUGCAAUAAGUAAUGCUGAUGGCUGUUCAUCUAUAUGUCAUUGCUUGGUAAACAAAAUCUGCAGCCAUUUGUACCAAUCUCAUGGAAAAAUUUGGCCUGUUGCAGUGAAUGAAAAACUGGUUUCUUCUAUUCACCAAAUACAAACUAAUAAUCCAUCAGCUGUGCAGGCUAGGAAUGUAACUAUGGAAAUAGAAAAGGAUGUAUCUUCAAUGGUUUCUACAACAUUAUUAAACCCAGAUAAAACACCAUCACAAUGUGAGAAACCAAGUAAAUCCAAACUUUGUCCAAGGGUAUUAUAUUUCAAUAGAGACACCCACACUAGGAGUAGAACAAAAUCUGACAUUAUUCCUGUUAUAGAGCCUACUGAUUGUUGCAUUCGUUGUAGACAAGAAUUGAAUCCUAAAAGCAUAAAAACGGCUGUUUUUUGUUUGAAAACUGGAAAUGUUUUGAUCACCUGUUGUUAUUGUUCUGCCAUUAUGAGUAUUAAAGGCGCUCUUAAACUUCCCAAGUAUAUAUAGCGUGCAUGGAAACCCCUAUUUUUUAUUCUUUUAUUUAAAUCCAUUUUCUUCCCAUUUUUCUACUGUUUGGAAUUAAAAUGAUCCAGAAUGAAUCAAA